GUGGGAUCUAUUCAUCAACGAUAACAUUUCAGUGACAGUCGCUUGAUAAAUAUUCGCUAAAGUUCUAAAUUUCAAUCGGUCGCCGGUUCGCUGUAAACUUUGGGCCAAUCAUCAAUUCGAGCGGCAUCAUGUCGCGUUGUGUGUUUUUACUGCUAACGGUGCUCUGCGGGUUAACACGUGCUGCGAACAUUUUGUACAUUGAUGGAGUACCAUCGCCAAGUCAUUUCAUCUGGCAUAGAGCUUUAAUAAAUGGACUUGCUGCCAAAGGCCACUCAGUGACUGCGUUGAGCGUCGAUAUUGAGGAAAAUCCUCCACAGAAUGUAUCAUACAUUAAAAUAGAAGGUGUCUAUGAAAGUAUAAAUGAACUAAUGGGUAUGGAAAGUGAUUUUUUUGAACUUGGAGAUAUGAACCCAUUUACUUCAAUAGCAAUGUUCAAUGAUUAUAUUAUGUUGAGUUGUGAAAUGACGCUAAAAUCGAAAGGACUACAGCAACUGAUGGCAUACCCGAGUGAUUUUAAAUUCGAUUUGAUUAUAAGUGACUAUUUGAACGGGCCAUGUCUAUCUGCCGUUACACAACACAGAUUUGGAAGACCUCCGUAUAUUGCAGCGACUGCCUUCCAUGUCCUGACAACGACGAACACAUUGUCCGGUGCCUAUUCCUAUCCAGGAUCGGUUCCAGAUUAUGCGCUAAAUGCUCCUCAAAAAAUGACUUACUGUCAACGAUUCACAAACUUUUUGUACAAUCAUUGGGUAGAACUGCUGAAAAUUUAUGACAUGUACCCAAAAGUGGACAAAGUAGUGCGCAAACUAGUUCCGGAUAUACCAUACGUUGGAGAUCUUGAUAGAGAUGCCCGAAUAAUUUUGUUGAACUCUGAUCCAGUUAUCCAGUACUCGGAAGCAUCGAUGCCAAACGUAAUCUCUGUAGGUGGAAUGCAAAUCGUCAAACCUAAAGAACUCCCCGAAGAUCUGAAGAAACUGGUAGAUAACGCCAAAAACGGUGCGAUUCUGUUUUCGCUCGGUACCAAUGUCCGAAGUGAUAUGCUUGGAGAUAAGAGAAUUAUCGAGAUCCUAAGCGCCAUGAGUCAGUUUCCAGAGUACCAAUUUUUAUGGAAGUUUGAAUCGGAUGCCAUGCCAAUCGAGGUGCCAAAGAACGUUUACAUAAGAAAGUGGAUGCCGCAAAACGAUUUGCUGGCUCAUCCUAAUCUCAAGCUUUUCAUCACUCAUAGUGGUCUUCUGAGUACCCAGGAAGCGAUAUAUAACGGCGUCCCAAUCAUUGGAUUCCCAGUUUUCGCCGAUCAACACCAAAAUAUCAAUUACUGCAUGGAGCAAGGUGUAGGAAAGAAGUUAUUAAUAAAAGAUGUAAAGAGCAGUGAUCUUGCCAACGCCAUUAGGGAACUGAUGACAGAUGGAAGCUAUCGCGAGAACAUGUCUCGCCUUUCGAAGAUCUUCCGUGAUCAGAAGGAGUCGCCAUUGGAGCGUGCCAUCUGGUGGGUGGAGUGGGUUCUUCGGCAUCCUACAUCGCAAAUUUUACAGUCCAACGCCGUUCGGUUAGAUUGGUUCGUGAAAUAUUCAUUCGACGUCAUUGUACCGCUGGUGGGAUUAUUAUUAAUAGUGUUAAUAGUUCCAGUUAAAAUUUUGUGCUGUGUUAUGUUCCGAAAAAGAAGACAGCAAUUGAAAUCCAAACGUGAAUAAAAUCUAGAAUGUAA